UACAGUCAGAGUCGACUGCAUAAUCAAUGAAUGGACACCGAGGGUCGUAACGGAGAGCCAGGGUAGAGCCAGAAGGGGAGAGCCGGUCAGGAAAUCUUACAAACGUCUCCUGGCUUGGCGUACCCUGCCCUAGGUCUACCUCGAAGUCUUCCAAAGGAGCGACAGGAUGCUUUCGAAGAUGCUGAACGGCUUAUUUCAUCGUGUUUGGGAUUUGCCUCUUUGUGAACGCCAUAUUAUUAUUACGUUUGUACUUCAUAAUGGAAAGACUUAUGUACACAUUGAUAUUCAGGAAUCGGAUCAGGUUAAAGCCACCAGCUUUCUCUGUCUGUUAGGAUUCGGCAUUGGCUUUGGUUCAGUACUGCUGUAUAAACUCUACAAUCGCAUCGCCGCCAGAUGGUGGGGCCCGACAGACAAGUCGCUUCCAUCCAAUUCCUCAUCCAAUCUCAAGAAACGUGCUUAUGGCAGACGACACAGUCGAAGGCCAAGCAAGAACUCCGAUGACGAAGACUCUGACCAGACUUCCAGCGAAGACGACAACGACCUAGCGGCCGGAGGAACCAUGGGUAACCAAAUAUCGGAAGAAAAACAUCGGAAAUAUGCCGUUUAUUACGAAAAAUACAAAGAUAAUGUGCGGUUUGCAAAUUCAGCCACACGACCGGAGGGUGGAGGUUUAACAUCAUCAACAGAUGUCAACGUUCCCCGGGGAGUUAAUAUUCGUAAUCGCAGGGGGAGGUAUGGUCAAAAUCGUGGAUUGCAUUCACAGGGACACAAUGGACAGCAAAACGAGGAAUCUGGAGAUCCUUUGGACGAUCUUUCCCCCAAUUCUACCGGGGCGACUUAUAUGGAUUAUUUCGCAACUAAGUACCUAUCGGCAGGUGGUGCUACUGCCAGCGCAGACUAUUCUGAGGUCGAUAACGCAUUACAAGACGAAAACCAAGAUACCAUCUCAAGAGAUUUUUCAAUGAUGGGGAACUUCAGCCCCGGGUCAUUAUAUGAGAAAAAUUAUCGUUAUGACCCAGAUCGAAUAGCAUAUGAAGCGUCGGGACUUCCAGGCGAUCCAAACUUCCAGUAUUCACCAUUGAAGGAAUACCCUAUGAACUGUGAUGACACUAAAGAACAAUCAUACGUCAAAGUCAAAGUUCCAGAUAGUUUAAAUCAACUGUCACUGGAAGGUGGUGACUGUCAGGGGAAUGUUCAGCGACGACAGUUGCCCGAGCGACCGCAAGGAUUGCGCCGUAGUUAUGAAACCUCGUCGGAAAACAACUCGCCAAUGCAGGUGCGGAGAAAAAUACGGAGUACGUCGGAUGCUGAUCUUGUAUACAAGAGGCAAUUAUCAGAUUAUAAUGAUUUAUCGGGAAUCGAAACAACUGAUAGUGACAUUUUUGGUGAUGGUGAAUCGGUGCCUUCAGUUGCCAGUUACUUUGAAAAGAUUGAACGUGAAUUAGCUGCCCUUAAAGGGGAGAUGGCAGAUAUGGAUGAUAAAAUACAAGUUUUAGGGAAAGAUCCUGAUUUUAGUGAUAUCGAUUUAGACUUGGAUCAGUUCAGCGAACCUGAAGAUUUAGAUCGUACCUUCAGUGUGCUCAAGAAAUACAACCGAAGUGGGAGUUUGCGGAGUUCAAGAGCUUCCAGCGUCUCUGGCGAUCGUGAUCUUCGCCAGUCGCCCCAACGCGGACUAGCUACCUCAGACAUUGUUACUCAAGUCCAACAUCAGUUAAUGAAUGAUAAAUUUCAUGUUCAUGUUCAUGUGCAUGUUCAUGACGAGAAAAAGACAGAUAUAAACAAACAAUUGCUCACGCAAGAAUACGUUGAGAAGCUUCCACUUGCCCAGUCGCCAGACGAUACGUCUUCGUCGUCUUGUGGUGUGAGCAUGCCCAGUUGCGAUAGCAGUAAACAAGCUAGUCCAGUGGUCGAAGAUAGACCGGUUGAAGAUUACCAGGAGCAACCAAGUGAUAUCACCAAUAAUAAUGGAUCAGGAAACAGUCAAUCAGGUCCCACCAGGUCCACAAAAGGUAGCGUGCCUGUGAGUGUUGGCGAUCUCUUUGAUAUCCUGACGUACGCCGACCAAGAAUGGAGAGGUAACACUGUCACUGCCAAAAAUAUAAUCAAAGGUUACCAUGUCAUCCCUGACAAGAUCAAUUGUCAGCAUCUGAGAAAGAUCCGUGGAGACAACUAUUGUGCCAUACGAGCCUCCCUAUUCCAGAUAUUCGUCAACAAUGUGGGUCUUUUCAACCACGUAGGAAGUCUCAAUAAUCUGCUAGAGACAUUGGAGGAGAGGCUAUAUGGAAAGCAUUCCUAUCUACGAGACUGGAGUUUUGCCAAUCGUCUUGAAAGAACAUCCAAUGACGUCCUGGAGAACAUGAGAGACUGCCUUACUUCAUUACAUAAUAUGUUCAACGAGGUAUCCAACCUCACCUGUCGCCAAGAUCGAGAAUCUGCAUUCAUGAAGAUGGUGAAUGGGGACGAAGUUACUGACAUCCGUAUGAUGGAGGGCGUCAAGCUCCUGAUGAUGCUGCAUGCCAUUGAUGUUUAUGAAGAUAUGACAGCCGACAGGGAAGUUCCUGUCUUUGUCUGGUUGAUGUACGCUCGAGAUACAUCAGAUAAUCCCAGGAUGCUCUUCAAGAACCAUAUAAACACGGUCGGGGAUAGCGGUGGACUGGAACAGGUGGAGAUGUUCCUAUUGGGCCAUACGCUUGGUGUGAUUAUAGAAGUAGUCCGUCCAUCACAGUACAGCAGUGAAGACUUCCUCAGCUACUACCCAUCAGACAUGCAGAAAAAUCUCCCAACAAUCACACUGGUUGCCGAGGACGACAGGCACUACAAUGUUGUGUUGCCAUAGAAACCUUUGAUAACCAAAGCUGUAGAAGUUACAAUCUACUUGUACUUGUUGUAGUGGAUGGUUAAAUGCUUCUGGUUACCAUGAGGAUAGGGUUGCCAUCUCAACCAUCUCAAAUUGGUAUCCAGGGAUACGCAGCAUUGUCUUGAGAAUUGUGUUACCAUAGCAACAAGGUUAUUUUUCGAAUUGGUGCCAGAAAGAACAUUCAUGUUGGUGCCACAAUUUCUGUUUGGGAUGGCAAAACUACCGUUUAGAAUUUGUGAUAUAAGAGCCUGCCAGGGUUUAAAAAUAGAUCUGUUGUUUCCAUGACAACUGUUGUCACGGUGACCAUCUUGGUUACCAUGGUGAGAGCAAAAUAUUAGUGAAGGCUAUGAAACAUGACAUCAACAGAUUAUGCAAAAAGUAUGCUGUGAAAUGAUCAUAAUCCAAUGGUACAAUAUUUACCUGAACUGUGAAUGGUUUUAUGGAUUAUUUCAUGCCUGUAAGCUAUUACAAUGUGUGAGAGGAGAGCAAAACGCAAAAACUGAAGAAGCAAUCGGAGGUCAAAUUUCAACAUGUACAUGUAUGGGCGGAGUUUUAUUCGACUACUUAUUUCCAUCUCCUGUUUGUUCUUAAACGAAAUAUCAUAUUCAUAAUAGUACAAAUGAGUUUAAAAAAUAAUCUUCAGAGGCAUGAUUCGACUUUUGGAUAAUUGUGAUUAUUGUGUAUUGUAGUAUAUGUUAUACAUAUAAAAUUGUAUUUUAAGUUAAUGAAGAAAUAGAAAACUUGCUGGUAAGUUGUCUUGAUUGAAAGAAAGGUGAUUUUAGCUACUUGACUGAAUGAGAAAGUGGGUCAAUUUUGUUGGCAUUCUUAAAAAAAUUUAGCAGUUGACAGGCUUGUCAAAAAGCAAAAUAUGUUUUGCUGGAGUCGUGAACUGCUGUCAGGGUCAUUCAAAUGGUGAAGCACGCAAAAAUUGUGAGUGUCAGUAAAAAGAUGUGCCAUUAUGUGUGACCAUAGUGCCUGCAUAUACAUAUUACCUAUUAAAACUUCCCCUCUUCUUUAAACCUUUCAAAGGCCGGGGAAACACUUGUUGCUUAAUAUCUUAACUCCACCUGCCUGUGAAGUCUUCCUUUAAAUUGUUUACUUUUUUCCCUAUGCAUGAAUUCUCCUGCUACAGUGUGUGUUUUCGUUAUUCGAGGCAUAUAUCUCAUUCUUGGUCAAGUUAGAUUCUUGUUGUUGAUCUGAUAUUUUCUUAGGAAACGGUAAAUUCAGGAAGAAAUACUUGUAGGCAAUAUUUCUUCAACACACGCUGCACUUUAGAAAUAUGUAGGAGAUUAAGGGAUAUAAUAUUCCUUCUUUAGUAUCUAGUGGGUGCUUUGUAUGCUAUAUACUUGAUAGAAGACCAGCAUGCUGGUUUUUAUUGUACACUGACUUUCACUAAAGCCACUAGGUAUUUUAAGCUUUCGUUAUUGUCUUUUGAUAGCCUACCAUCAUUGUUCAAUAUCUUUUCGAAUUUUCGUGAUGGUUCCUCUUGACUGAGAUCACAUACCAUACCUCAGCUCAUUGUUAGAGGGGGCAACUAGCACUUAAGUAAGGCUGUAUCUUGUCUAAUCUGUUGUGCCUCACUCUUAUUUGGAUGAGGUGAGCUAACUUUGUGGUUAUGAUCUGCUCUUCACACACAAAUAAAUAUGAACGAAAUUGCUCUGAUUAUGCCUCUCAAGAAUGAGAACAUUUUCAACAAUUUCGUAUUGAGUUUUUCAGCCUCUGGAUCAAAAGGUAGAGUAAUAUCAUCAAAAAAGUUUGUCUUGAAUAGUUUUAGCAGAAAAUUGAUGCUGGCUUCGUAGUUUUUCGCUGAUCCAGAAAGGCAUAAGUGUGAAGAACAUUGGUCAAAGGGAUGAAGGCUCUUUACAUGUAUCUUGACUAUCACCAAUAGAUUCACAGCCUCAAAUGUACUGUAAACCAAUAACCAAGGCUCUGGGAAAAGUUGUCGCUUAUAGUGCCGUAUAGAAAAUUGGGAAACGUGCGAAAAAAUUAUCUUCAGGAAUAUUAAUUUUUGAUUUAUCCGUCAAUAAAUCAGUUUCUGUCUUUGGCCCCAAGUGCCUACUCUUGCCAGAGCUGGUUGCAUUUGAGGUCUUAGGGAUGAUAGGUUUCGUGUUGUAAUUGCACUUUACAACACUUUCUUUCUCCUAAUAUGCAGUGAUCUUCUUAACAGAUUUUGAUUCUAUUUUCUCUUUUUCAUCAUUAUUUAAUCGGAGUUGCGUUUUGUUCUCUGCUUCUUAUGUGGCAAACUUCAUGAUAAAUGAACUGUGCAAUAUCAGAUUUUCACUUAUACAGAUCUCUAGUAACUUAUUAUGGCCAUAUUCUCUGUUCAUGAUAUUAUUUAUAUUUAUCUAAACUUACAAUGUAUAAUAUAUUUUUAAUCUCCUGUUUAAGAUUUCUCAGACAAUUUCAUUGAAUGUGUAUUGCUUGACACUCCUAAUCUUUCUUGCAAUUCCAUUUCCCCUGACACAAUCGCCUUUCUGCCCGGAAGUUACCACACAAGGGAAAAUACAUGUGUUGGAAAAAUGUGCUGUUUAUUUCAUGUAAUAAUAAGCGAAGCUAUGUGAUAAAGUGUGUGUGUUAUGUCUUGCAAUAUUUAAAAAGCUGUAUGACUUGUAUAGAUCUGACUAAAUGUGUAUGUUUGGAAAAUUCAAACUAACAUGAAUAUGCUUUAACAUGUAUAUCAAUUUACUAUGACAAAUUACAUAUUUCAAAUAAGUUAUCAAAUAUCAUAAUGCCAUCAGUCCCAUUGAAUAAUACCCAUACUAGGUUUCAUCAUUCAUUAGAUAAGUUUUAGGUAGAGCACAGCAAGUUAGCCCAUGGUUCAGUGAUGCAAGACUUGAUCAACUGAAACUAGUGAGAGUCAUUUUCCUCUGGACAGCUGCUGGUACUUAUAAGGAAAAUGUUGGCCGCUAAGUUUCAUUGAAUGCUUGGUUCCAUAAGGUUUGGCAUCACAUGUUUGCACAUAGCAUUCAUGAAAUGAAGCAUUUGGUAAUUUCUGAAACCAGAACAGGUAAUUACUCUUGUCUCUCUAUAGAAUGGGUACAAUCUGGCUUGCUUUUGCUGUAGUCUUUUUAGCAUUUCUGUACCAGGUUCUACCAUGAGAUUUCGAUGCUUGGUCCCAAACAGAAUAUCAAGUUCUUAUGUUUGGUUAUGUGGUGGGGAGUUAUAUGUAUAGUCUUUUUGGGGUGAUGGGAUGGGCCGAAAACCAUCUUGACGUGUAGUUGAUCAUGUCGGGAUAAGAUCGCAAUUGGUUAUCAGGAGAAUAGACAUGCCACAAAGCAGUGAUACCCCCUGUAUACAUACUGUUGCAUGUUUUCAAAGAGCUUUAAGUUCCAGGUUUUUCUGUCACUGCAACUUUCAUGGGAGUUACUUGCUGUGUGAAUUUUUCAAAUCAGAAUUGUCAUGUUUACAUUUUCGUAGACAAAUACAUGUAUAAAUCUCACCAACGCAGUGGAGUUGUGCCUAACUAUGUUAACAUUUUGUAAUAAACUGUUUAAAGCAUUUCCUUGUCACUACUAAUAACAUAAUAAUUUUAACAAAAUCUUAUUGGGGUUAAUUCAUCAGUAAUUCAAAACUUUGUGGUACAAUGUAUGUGUGUAGAUCAAAGUGUAAAUCUGAUGUGGAUUAGUACAACUGCGAGUAGAAGAUUCUGUGUCAGUCCAUAUUAUAGCAAGAAAGAAAAAUUGAAGUUCUUGUGCUUGAAAAUGUGGGACAUUGUCCAUAUCUUUGGAUGGAUGUUGCCGUCAAAACCCAAAAUCAAUCGAAGCAUGAUGUUUCUUGGGUUUUACUUUCUACAGCUCUUUCCUUCUCUGAAUUGGAUGAUAUCCCAUGACCCAGUUGCUCAAUCAAAGUUGGCUCUCCCAGUAUGGUUCUAUGGAGACUUUCAAUAUCUAGCUGGAAUUUACUGAAUUAGCUUGUCUCUAGUGAAAUAGGGAUGUUGGAGAAUAACUUCAUGAGCAACUGGGUACAGUGGUAAUUGGCUGAUAGUAUUGUAAUGUAAAUAUUUGUUUUCCAGUGUAAAAUGUGUAAAUAGUCUCCGUGUAUAUAAUGUAUAAAUGACUCCAGGAAAUCAAAGACAAAUUGGUGCUAUGGAGAACACUUGUCUCAAUGGUUUCACACAUGAUUUUUAGCAAUAAAAAUGAACGACCUGGAAAUGAAUAA